AGCCAUUUUCCUGUUGAUUCCGCUCCCCGCCACGUUGGUUCUCUUGCGUGUGUCGCAUUCUCCUGCGCACCAUCAACGUUAUGUUUGUGAUGAGGCGGGAAAUGGCGCCCGCAGACAUGGUUGAUAAGUGACAAGCUACCAAGCGACCGACAGCUGGCAGCAACAACCACGGCCCGGCCUCUACCGGUGGCCCCAACGGUCGCGGCCGAGAGCUGACUACGCUGCGGGAACAUUUAAAGAGCUCCGUAGAUUACCAGAGUACUUUCAAGUAAGAGGGGUCACAAAUUUUUCUAUGUGACGUUGGAGCAUGAUGAGGCUGAGAGUGCGUAAAGCUCCUCAGCAGCCAAACUUAGGCCGUCAAACCCACCCGUCCCAGGCCAAACGGAAACACUGUGAAGUGGAGCCAUCCCCCGCGAGAGGUCGAGGCAAAAUGCAGAAGAAUGAAACAGGCCUUUUCUCCACUAUAAAGAAAUUCAUCCGUGGAAAUGCUGUCAAGGUGGAGCAGGAAAUUCCCGCCAAGAGGAGUCGCAUUGAAUGUAAUUCUGAUUUAAUAAUGUCAACACCACAGACUAGAGGCCUUUCCAACAAAUCAGUCUCCAGAGUUUGCCGGAAAAGUCCAAAUAAAGACACAAUGACUUGCAACAGUAAACCCAUGAAACCAAACGGUAAACUAGAGAUCCCUGUUGAGGAAGCAAGCAGCCCACCACGGACCACCCUGCUUGGAACCAUCUUCUCUCCAGUCUUCAACUUUUUCUCACCAGCAACUAAAACUGCCACUCCUGGUUCAGACUCUCCUGGCCAAGCGAUGGAGGCGGAGGAAAUCAUGAAACAGCUGGACAUUGAGCAGGCAGAAGAAAUGCCAAGCAGCACACUCACAUCCACAGAGGGCAUCACUCCGUGUCACGCUGCCCCGAUAUUACCACAGAGAGUCCAGAUUAACUCUGAUACAUCCAUAGAAGAAGGGGAAAUUGUCACAGAAACUGACAUGCCACCAUUAACAGUUCCUGGUUGUAUGCCAGACGGUGGUUACCAACACACAUUACCUCCACCUCCUGCAGAAACCUCAUAUGAUGAGGACUGGGAAGUUUUUGAUCCGUACUUCUUCAUCAAGCACGUGCCUCCGCUGACAGAAGAGCAAUUAACACGCAAACCAGCGUUACCUUUGAAAACACGCAGCACACCAGAGUUUUCUCUUGUCUUGGAUCUGGACGAAACUCUGGUCCACUGUAGUUUAAAUGAGCUAGAAGACGCAGCCCUGACAUUCCCAGUGCUCUUUCAAGAUGUAAUAUACCAGGUGUAUGUUCGGCUGAGGCCCUUUUUCCGCGAGUUUCUUGAGCGCAUGUCUCAAAUGUAUGAGAUUAUUCUCUUCACGGCUUCAAAGAAAGUCUACGCUGACAAGUUGCUCAACAUCCUGGAUCCGAAAAAACAGUUGGUCAGGCAUAGGCUCUUUCGUGAGCACUGUGUGUGUGUUCAAGGAAAUUAUAUUAAAGACCUAAACAUUCUCGGACGGGACCUUUCCAAGACGAUAAUAAUCGACAACUCACCCCAAGCCUUUGCUUAUCAGCUUUCCAAUGGGAUCCCUAUUGAGAGCUGGUUUGUGGAUAGAAAUGACAAUGAGCUUCUAAAGCUUGUUCCUUUCCUUGAGAAGCUUGUGGAGCUGAAUGAAGAUGUCAGACCGCACAUCCGUCAACAGUUUCGUUUGCACGACCUCCUUCCUCCAGACUGAGGACCUUGUGCUUGUCUUUCAGUUCAAGAUGGUAUCAACAUUGGAGAGAGAGGAAAAAAAACUGACUUCCAGAAGGAAAUAUUCAAUGGAAUUCUCCAUGCCAUUGUUAUUAUAUUAUUAUUAUUAUUAUUAUUAUUAUUAUUGAAAUAAUGCAAAAAAUUUAAAGCUAUAUUUGAGUCCAAUAAUCCUGGAUGUUUUUAUACAACCAGACUCUGAACAAACAGACCUGCUCGCUUCGGCAGACUUUUCACUUUUUGCUCGCUCCUUUUUAGUGCGGCUUUGAAGACGGCCUCCUGUAAGGUAUUUUGUCUUUUAAAAACAGUUUUGGAUCGACAAAACUGAAUGUCAUGUAGUGUUGGAUUUUAUGGACCUUGGUGGCCAGUCAAACCUGUAUAAUAUUCAAUCUGUUUACUUGUAAAUAUAUGUACAUAUUUUUUUUUUUUUUUUUCUUCAAGGUUUUUAAGUCGAUUUAUUUUCACUUCAGAUUUUAGUAUGUAUUCUUUGAUUCGGUUGCUUUUAUAAACCAACAAGAUGUUUGUGUGUUUUGUUUGAAGUUGUUGAUAGAUGGCUGCUUUUCUGUUGUAUGCCUGCAGUUUCCUGUGAUGCUUUACUCCAUUACAUGCAGUCUGUAAUAAGGUGCGGUUAUAAAAAUGUAUCUUUGGGAGGAAAAUGUUUCUGAAACAAUGUUUUAAAGUUAUGUAAUGUAAACUAGAAUAUAGUCUCAACUGAAUACAAAGCCAUAAUGGCUGAAUUAUAAUUUUGGAGAUUUGUAUUUGAGAGUACAUUUCUGAUUUCGACACCUCAAUCGUCCUCUUUAAUGGGGGGGUGGCGUGAGAUGGGGGCGGGGAGGGUUUCAGGCAUCUUGCACUUUGACGUCCAGCCCUUUGUAACUUGAUGUAAAAUGUUGUCACUUUUCUACACAGGUGUGUGUCACCUCAGUUUGUUAUGUGGGGGAUGAAAUUGUAGCACCAGCAAAUUGCCAACAUGUUUGCUUUGAAAUCUUGUUUUCCAGGACGUCUUGUAUGUGGGAUCUUUAUGAUGUAGGAGUCACAAGUUUUAUUGACCUAUUGAAUGAUCACUCCUGUUGUAUUCAGUGUUACUUAAUGGUUUCCUUAAAAAUAAAUACAUUUUUAUAUGA